AUGGAAUCAGAAAAGGUGUCAAAAACUUCCCAGAAAGGCCAGAGUCAGCAACCGGAGCCAUCAACAUCCACAGGCUCCGUAACAUCCAGGCCAAGGCGCGGCAGGCCAAGCGGUGCAAACCGUGUCCCUCUCACCUUGGAAGAAAGACGCGCAAGGAAUGCGCAGUACGAAAGGGAGCGGCGAGAAGACUUCGCCGCAGCGCAGACAGAAUUAGCGGAGGCUGCAGGUUGCGAUCCCAAUUUGAAGAACGCCUCGGAAGAUUUGAGCAUCGAGGAAUAUCAAAGAAUAAAUGCCAACCUGGAAGCUCAAAUUGCCAGUUGUUUCGAGAGGUUGGGGCCCGAGUAUGUGUUAAGUGGUGAUGAAGACGAUGUAGAGCCCGAUGACUCAAAUACUCGUAAACGGAAGCUAUCGCAGGAGACGUCGCGAGACGAGAAACGCAUGCGGCCAGGUACAGAGCAAGUGCCAGUGAGUGGGAGUGGGCCAAUGGUGUCGAUCACUGACCUUGCGGAGGCUGGGCCCUCCUUUCCUGGAACACACUCACUGUUGCCAUCUUCAUUUUUCCCAUCUCCAAAUUCUCCGGAGUCAGAGCUACCAACGCCGUCACAGUUUGCGCACCAUACACAAUCGCCACUGCUGCAGCUGGAGACGGCGUUAGAACAAGAAAUAGCUCUGCGUUUCUCUCAAGACGACUUACUCCAGAUUUACGGAGCCCUAGAAUCUGAAGAUAUAAUCUGA